UAUAUAAAAAGAUUAGGAGAUGAAGAAACAAUCAAAUUGAAAGGAUAUGAUGAGUUCAAAAGACCAAAAAACGAACCUGACGGACCUAAUAGGAAAAGAUUAUGGGACAAUAAGAUAGUAAGCUUAUGCUUAUUGGAAAAUUACAGAUGUGAUAAUAAUGUCGUUACGAUGAUAUUAAACGAGCUCAAACCAUUUAAACAUAAUAACGUGCUAGAAGUUUUUAACCUUGCUUUUGAUGGCUACAAUUAUUAUUUUGUCCGUGGCUAUUAUACCACUGAAUUACGAUCUUAUCUUAGUCACCUGCGUGAUAAUGGUACUCCUCUAAGCUGGAGCGAUAAAUUAAAGUUGACUCAGCAAGUAGUUGAAGGCCUGAAGUAUCUUCAUGAUCAAAAUAUCAUACACUCAGAGCUGCACCCAAAAAAUAUAGUUAUACACGAGGGGAUUCCUAAAUUAACUAACGUCUGGUUACCCCAAAGCAAAAGCGUCAGUUUUUCUUAUUCACCACCUGAAAUUUUAUUGUCUAAUGAUAUUGAAAAUAAAACAAUAAAACUAAAUAUUUAUUCCUUGGGCGUUCUAAUGUGGGAGAUUUCGAGUGAUGGUUUAGAGCCUUUCUUUCAAAAUAAUUCAGUUUCAGUUAAAGUUAAAUUGGCAAUUGAUAUUAUUAAAGGUUUACGUGAGACGCCUGUAAAUGGAACACCACGUAAAUUCAUUGACCUUUACAGUAACUGCUGGGACAAUGAACCAGCUAUUCGACCCACUUGCAAAAAAAUUCUCGAUAAACUCAAAAAUGUAUCAGUUUCUGAAGUAUAUCAUGAAGAUAAAGCUCAAAACCCUGCCAGUGCUCGGACGCCUAUAUCUAAUCCUAAA